AUGGCCUUCGCCACACAGACGACGAUACCGGGAACCGAGGACGCGAUCACCAUGCAGCUCAGCACAGGCGGCCUCGAUUUUCACCUCUCCAGCCAGGUGGCCAAGCUGCUAGGGAAUAACAUCGAACGCGUUCUGGUCGACGCGUUCCAAUCCCUGGGCGUCGUCGACGUCAAUGCCGCCGCUCCAUGGAACGAUCUCUUCUGGGCUAUCCACCCAGGGGGAUGUGCCAUCCUGGACCACAUCGACGAAGUGCUCGGGCUUGACGCGGAGAAGCUGGCGGCUAGCCGAAAGGUGCUGAGUGAGUUUGGUAACAUGAGCGGCGCCACCGUGAUCUUCGUUCUCGAUGAGCUGCGACGCUGUCGUGGCGCCGAGGUGCCCGAGUGGGGGGUGGUUAUGGCAUUCGGACCCGGAAUCACAGUCGAGACCAUGGUGCUGCACGCUGCAAGCAGUCAAGGCAAAUGGAUUGGCAUCAAUUUGAUUCAGCGCUGCCUCCUCCCUAUCGAUCUAUCUAUGGUUCUAUACGCAUGUAAAACAGCCAGUAAAUAA